AUGAGCUGUUCUAUAUGCUCACGUGCUCCUCAUUCCCGCCUGCCUUUCCACUGUCCCACAUGUGCCCGCAACCAGCUAUACCAACUACGCAUCGAGAACACUCAAAUCCUUCUGGAGAAAGAAGGACUAGGAAGGCAGAUCGAAACAGCCGUUGCCUAUAAUAGUUCUUUGGCUCCGCUUCCCUCGCACGGCCAAGAAGUAUCCGAAGUGAACAAAACUUGCUCGCCCCGCUGGGUCCUUGAAACGAUAAGCAAUCAUCAUGCAGAGUCUCUGGCUAGGAGAGAAUCGCUUUCCCUUCAAAUUGAAAAUCUGAGGCUAGAAGUCCAAGCCAAGAAAGCCGAGAUUGCUAAGCGAAAAGAGGCCCUAGUACGCAGGUGCUCUGAUGCUGAAUCUGCCAAAUUUGAACUAGAAGAACGGGAGACCGGAAUUCUGGCAGGUGUUCAGAAUACAAGCAAGCGGGUGGAGCAUGUUUGGCAUUCCCUCCAUAGCAAAACGGCCGAGUCACGUAUCUACCUUUGUCGAGAAGUCGCCAAUCUAUACGGGCUUCGGAAGUCUACAAAGAAGGGUCAAGGGCGGGAUACAUAUGUGCUUGGAUGUGGCAUUGCACCAGAACAGAUAUCGACAUCUUUUUCUAAUAUCGCUCAUCUUCUCGUCAUCGUCUCACAUUAUCUUUCCUUGAGGCUUCCCGCCGAAAUUACCCUGCCCCACAAGAACUAUCCUGCGCCUACGAUCUACACUCCUUCAGCUUCAUAUCGAUCGCGCGACCUCGAUGGAGCUGAUUAUCAGCCUUCUUCCAGUCCAGCUCCAUCAAGGACAGCAGAUGUAGGCAACCACACACCACGCCCACGACCACUUUUCAUCGAUAAAUCGCUACCCCGGUUAGCGAAGGAAGAUCCAGCAACAUACGCCUUCUUUCUUGAAGGAGCUACCCUUCUGGCAUGGAAUGUUGCGUGGUUAUGUCGAACACAAGGGAUCAAUUUAUCAUCAGACUCUUGGGAGGAGGUGUGCGACAUUGGAAAGAGCUUGUGGCAAUUGCUAGUUGCUCCGCCAGCUCAUCCCUCGACUCUCAUGCGGGCAUUUGCAGGUCGAGACACGCAAACACACAUCAAAACCGCCAAGGACUCGCCCAGAACAUCAAUUCAGCGAACAACUUCUUUUCCCAUGUUGGGUCAUUAUUCCCAUGGCACAGCACAUUCAUUUCUGGGGGCAUCGGAAGGAGUCGAGUUCAUGCGAAUGUGGAAGCUCCCGACCCCAACCAAGGUUGUUGACAGAUUGAAGUCCAAUCUCCUUGGGGAAAUGACGAGUGCGGAAUGGGAAUUGCUAGAAGAAAAAGAAUGGGAUGAGGCGGCCAUGGAGCAUAACCAGUCAUCUGCGUCAAAAACCCCCCAACUCAUUCUGUCGGAUUCUCAAUCUGGAUCGAAAGCGGAGACUUCAGACAGCAGAAGAACAAGUUCAAGGACACAAUCCGGUGGAAGAAAUCAUGGCGAGGGUGAUUUACCACGACCCAAAGGUACGAAAGGCUGGACUAAGGUGGGCAGCAGGUAG